AUGCUGGUCCCCUCCCCCAACAUCCUCCAGCAGGUGAGCCCGUCCGGUCUGCUCGCUGCGGUUCCCGACGAGACCAGCCUCAUCAGGCGCUCGUACUCCCGAGUCCCGCCUCCCCGUGUGCUCUGCCUCCACUGCUAUUUCGUGCAGCUGAAUUGUUCCAUGUCAACAGUCAUGUGCAGGAGAACAGUCAUGAGAGCGCACGCAAGGUGCUUGGCGAAAUGCCAGCAAGCUGAGGUUGCUGUUACCGGGAAGAAUAUUUUGCACAAGGAUAAGGCGUAUGCAGGAAAUGGUCCUGAAAUUCUUUUUUUGCAUAGUUUAAGUAGCAGCCUGGGACUAACACCAGCUCAGGAUAAACCGGAUCAGAGCUUACACAUACAAGCUGGCCCUUCACCGAAGAGCGCGGCAACGCCGCGCGUCUUUCUAAUAGAUAUAGUUCCUCAUACACCUCUGCCGGCGCCCUCGCCUCCGCCGCCAGCGCUUCUCCAGCGUGGUUCCGACCCAUCGGGAUCAGCGGGGGCCGCCCUCGGCUCCUUCGCCAGCCUCCUCAGCGAUGCCGUCGGCAUCAGCGGCGGCCGCCCUCGCCUCCGUCGCCGGCCUUCUCCAGCAUCGCUCCGAGGCAAAGAUGCCAUUGUUGCUCUAUGGGAUCAGCAGGCAGAGCCAUUUGAUGCUGAAAAAUAUAUGUAUAUGGCCACCAAGGGUCCUGUGGCCUUCCUCUUUGUCAUAUCUUUUACCUAUAUUUUGUCACCGACGCUGUACAAGAACCUCAUGAGGCUCACUCUCCACUCUCCAGCCAUAGAGAUGGUCUUCGUCAGUCCAACAGUAGAGGAAAUAAUAGGAUGUCCAAUGAAUACUCUUACAAAUGAUGUUGGUGGCUUUGACCAGGAAGAACUUGUACCGCCAGCAAAUCAAACGCCCACAAAGAAUUCAGAAGCAUUGCCUGCAGUGUCAACACCGAGCACCCCACCAUCAUCAUUGAUACAACCAUCAGGAACACAGGCGACAGGUGAUAAACGCCAGCAGCCAACCCGAAACCAAGUGAAGUAG